GUCUGGCACUCAACCGCUGUCAGAGUGCUCCACUCGCUCUCCAUCCAUCCUUUUGUUCCUUCAUUCGUUUUCACAAAGCAACACCCAAAGCAAAAGCAAUCAUCAAUCCACGACGCCAUGAGACAACUAAAGCACCACGAGAAGAAGCUCUUGCGCAAGGUCGACCUCUAUUCUUGGAAGAAGGAAGAUAACCUCCGUGUAGCACAAGUAUUGCGGCGGUACCAUGUGCAAGACAAGAACGAUUAUAUUGCCUACAACCGAAUCUGCGGUAUGAUUGGCAAGCUGUCGGCCAAACUCAAGACCCUCCAGGCGGACGAUCCAUUCCGUGUUGCCAUGACGGAACAACUGCUACAGAAAAUGCACGAUUUGGGUAUUAUCGACACCAAAAAGUCGCUCCAAAAAGCAGACGAUGUCAAUCCUUCUGCCAUUUGUCGACGUAGGAUUCCUGUGGUCAUGGUGCGAUUGAAAAUGGCCGAGACACUGCGGGUGGCAUGUACGCUCAUUGAGCAAGGACAAGUGCGAGUGGGGCCCAAUGUUGUGACCGAUCCGGCCUUUUUGGUGACCAGAUCCAUGGAGGAUUAUGUCACGUGGGUGGACUCGUCCAAAAUUAGACGGACUGUGCAAAAAUACAACAAUAAACUCGAUGAUUUUGAUCUUUUGUAAACAAGAAGAAUAUCUCUGAUUGCUGCAUACCAAUCUACAAUCAACAAUGGACGCAAAUCUUGUGAUCUGGUGUGUGUGGUUCCCUGCACCCUUCGCUAAUGAAGCCUUUCAGGAACCAUUGUAAGCAUGCACUUCGUUUUCGGAUUCAGCCAAGUUUGCAAGGAACGAGCGCUUUAUAAUUACUAGUUGUUUUAUUGGUCCAAUC